AUGGUCAAAUUAAGCAAGCCCAAGGAGCAUGUAAGGAGCCAUAACAAUUUCAUAAUUGGAAUAUAUCUUCAGUUCAAAAAUUAUAGGAAACCAUUUGUUCAAAGACUAAUUGUUAGAAUUCAAUUAAUUGUUCCUUUAUUUGCUAUAACGUGUUAUAUUUCUUUAAGAUGGUUCCCAUUAUCAAAAUUUGUUGAACCUUUUAAAGAAAUUUAUGAAGCUUUUGUCAUUUACACAUUCUUUUCAUUAUUAACACAUCUUUUAGGUGGUGAAAGAAGAUUAGUGGUACUGACUUCAGGUAGGUUACCUGUAUCCCAACCUUGGCCUUUCAGUUUGAUAUUGCCAGCCGUUGAUAUAUCAGAUCCUUUCACAUUGCUUACAAUCAAAAGAGGUAUCUUACAAUAUGUUUGGUUAAAACCGUUAAUUUGUGCAUUGACUGCUAUUACUGAAGCAUUUAAUCUUUAUAAUUCAGGAUCAAAUGGAUAUUUUAAUCCUUACUUUAUCAUCAACUUCAUUUAUAACGUCAGUGUUUCAGUAUCACUAUACGAUUUGGCGCUAUUCUGGAAAUGUUUAUAUGGUGAUUUAAGACCAUUCAAUCCAUGGGGAAAAUUCUUAUGCGUUAAACUAAUAAUCUUUGCAAGUUAUUGGCAAGGUGUAUUAUUAGGACUACUCAGUUGGUUUGGUGUCUUGAGAAAUGAAAAUUCAGAUUCAAAUAAUACCUUAGGUUUUGCUAUACAGAAUGCAUUAUUAUGUAUUGAAUUGAUUGGUUUUGCCAUCGGACACUGGUAUUCAUUUUCAUACGCUGAAUAUAAUGCGAGAACUCUACCAGGGUGUGCAAGAUUAACCGUGGGUGCUGCUAUAAGGGAUGCAUUUGGUAUUGGUGAUUUAGUUUAUGAUUUCAAAACAACAUUCUCAGGUGAUUCAUAUGAUUAUAGACAAUUUGAUUCUGUUGAAGCAUUAAUUGCUCAUCCUGCAUCAAGCUCAAGAAUGGCAAGAUUAAAUGAUGGGUUAAGAUAUACAGAUUCAGGUAAACAAAAAUAUUGGUUACCUAACUCAAAAACUAACCCUUCUAUAGGAAAUCCACUACCUCAUCUGAAAACACCAUUGUUACAAAAGAAAAGUAGGGCCAACUCAAUAACAUCUUCACAUGCAUCAAUCAGAGGCCUUUAUCCGAACUCUAUAUUGACCGUCGAUUCCAAAAAUGAAGAUGAAUUAAUACAACAUCAACAAACACAACAAUCUAUAUAUAAUUACAACACAAUUGAAGAGGAGGCUGAUGAUAAUGAUAGAGAUUUUGAUCAAGAUGAACAAAUAUUCGCAGACGCCAAAGCCAAUUGUCCUUAUGGGGAUAAGAAUUAUCCAGUGAUUUAUGAUACAGAAGCAUAUACAUAUUCACCUGCAUUACAAAGACUAAGAGAGGAAGCAAUGGCAAGACAGAGUAUUGACAGUAAUAGGUCAUUUUGA